AUGUGGACUGUUUCUUUACUCUGGAAUUUAAAAUGGUUAUUUAUCUUAGAUUUGGUUUAUUUUGCAGAUUGUGGUUAUUUUGUUUCUACGGCUUUUCGUAAAGUGUCAUAUAUACAAAAUGUUACAGAAAAAAAUCAUUUGGUUUUUGCCGUCAAAUCCGACGUUUUCGCUGAAUUGCAUUUAUAUAAUGAUACCGCCAGUGUAAGUGAGAUUGUGAUUGGCAUCAGCAAUAAUCCUAAAAGAGUUGCUCUAGCAAUAGAUUGUCAUUAUAAUUAUCAGACACAUACAAGUGAUUUAAUAACUCUAACAAAAUACUCAUGGUUUUGGGCAAGAUGGACCGGUACACAACUAGAAUUUGGUACAGGGAAAAUUCCCGGCGUAGAUUUGGUACACAGUCGUUCCUUCUCUAGAGUGAUCAAGUAUAUUGGAUUUGGAAAAUAUACCGGGAAUGAAGAAUGUUUUUGGAUAAUUGGUCAAACUAAUGAACUUAUAAAUGUCAAUGGGAUCUCAACUUGUGAAUUGAUACAAAAAGAUUUUCCAUACAGCUGCUGGGAUACACUGAAUGUGAAUUGGGAUGGAGAUUCUAAAUGGACACAUUACUAUCUUUAG